AUGAAGCUGCAGAGGCAGGUUUCAUAUCUAUGCUUUUUUUUUAAUAUUAAUUCUGUUACACUACACACAACCAGUAACAAUGAUAAAUACUGCAAUGGAAAUGUUAAAAAAAUAUUAUACGUUUCAUGUCUUCCAAAAACCACAUUUCAAAAAUAAAUUAAUGCAUAAACCUGUUGGUAAAUCAUAAUAAUAAUAAUAAUAAUAAUAAUAAUAAUAAUAAUAAUAAUACACAACUGAACGGAUCUGUUUAAGGCAGUAUUCUACAUGAUGGGAAAAUGAGGACUGUGCUACAUCAUUUGAAUCAGAAAGCAAAAGUCAGGACAAACAUUUGCUAGAAGACGGAGGCUGGCUUACUAUGAGUGGGCAUAAACCAAUAUGAGAGAGUCCCAACUCCACCAGCCUAAACCUGUUUCUGUGGCAAGGUUAAAAGGGCAGCGAGGCAAUAGGUGUCUCCCAAAGCAUUGCAGAAUAGAGCCAAGCUUUAACACCCAACAUGGUUUUCCAAUCAAUCAAUAGUUUAGACCAGCUAUGCCCAAGCUAGUGCCCUCCUGACGUUUUGUACUACAAUUCCCCAUCAGCUCCAGGCAGCUGAGAUUGGGAAAGGCUGAUUCAGACUGAGUACCCAUCUCACUUUUGGUUGUCUGGCACACCCAAGAGCCAGACGUUGGUGGGAAUUCAAAGCUUGGCUCGUGAUCAGCAAUGUAUGUCAAGGGCUCCUCCUGCAGGAAGAGUCUCAGCAAUUGAUGCCCAGUCUUCCAGGUUUUCUGGCCCUGCAGAACACAGUUCUGAGGAGGUGACACUCCUGAAAGGAUUGGCAUUUAAAGAGACGUUUUUCCAGUUUGGGAGCCAGUGGCGUAGCAUGGGGGGUGCAGGUGGGGCCGGUCGCACCGGGCGCAACAUCGGGGGGGGGGGGGGGCGCUCGCACUCGAGUGCUAAAAUCCACGGGUUAGGGGGCGCAAAUUACUUGCCUUGCCCCGGGUGCUGACAACCCAUGCUACGCCACUGUUGGGAGCACAGACACACGUAAGACGCAUUUCCUCUAAGACUGCUUUCUCUCGAAGACACCACUUCCUCUGCAAAUACGUUUACACACAAUCAGUCAUGGCACAUAUUACAGGGAGAACACAGAAGUCAUGCACUUGAUCAUGUCCGCUGUACCAGAACAGCAUCACGUCCUGAGGCAGCAGUCCUGAUAACUUUGCCACGGAGUGGGGGAGCAGAGUGGAGGGCAGGCGCGGUUCAGCAGAUAGUGCAAAAAGGUAAAAACGAAAAAACGAAGGUCGCCUCGCCCUCCACAAAAUAAAUAAAAAGGAAAACAGCUGCUUCCUGCGAGCUUCUUCCAUGGGCAGGACCCCUCCACUUCUCCCAAAUGAAUUGUCGUGUGCGCAAAAAAAGGUCAGGGCAGAUAUUACUCAUCCGCCGUUGGUAGGGAGGUGCGGGUUGCCCAAAAGCCACAGACAGAUCAACUAAGACUUGCGAAAGAAUUCCCAGUGUCCCAUUAAAGAUAAUUGCUACAACACAGGUUAAAAGAAACAACCAUGAGUGAAGGAUUGGCUGGGGUGAGGAGUGGAAAACAAUUUGUAGCCACUUUUUAUGUCCCACAGAGCCACUUGCAGCCACGGUAACCACCAAACGCACAAGAUACCCAAGCAGCUGGUGUGGCUGCCAUGUUUCUAUGCGCACCCACGAAGGAACUGCGCUCCAGAAUCCUCCAACACAUCACUGCGCUGUGGCGUGCCUCUCUUGGAAUGUGUGGGGCAGCUGUUUCAGGGUGUUCAGGGCAGGCCCUGCGUGCCAGAAAUGUGGGGUUGGGAAAGGGCCAUUUCAACAGAACAGACCUGGACUGUUGGGGUUUUUUGGGGGUGGAGGAAGUGGGAAAGAAAACAUUAACUGUGACAAAUCAAGGUGUGAACGAUGGAUUUGUGCAAUUUAACAAGGCUUGUGAGUCUAGAACUAACCACUGGACACGGAUACCAAGGUUUACCUGUGACAACUAAAUUACACUUGUACGGCUCUUGCGGCCAUUCAACCACCCCCUAUUUGCCUGCAACUCCUCUAGUUCUCUCUAAACUUUUGUUUAGAAACAGAGGGGGAUAUGUGGCAUGGCGUUCUACAAUUUUGUGUUUUCAUCUAACCCCCUCACUGCAGCACUUAAACAGAGGGACCCUGAUCUUGCCUACGUACAACACAGAGCUUUACUCAAGGGUGCCGAGACAUGUCACAGUAUCUCCCAGUUUGCCAGAGCUGCUUCAAAUUUCAAAUGCCAGUUGGAACUGGUGGGCUCAGCCAGGCAGAGAAGAGACUCCUGGCUGUGCUCGUGACAGAUCCAAGACUUUUCAGAGAACAGCUGCCAUCACUGAACAAGAAGCCCAACGGGAGACAGUGCUCACACAACCUGUCUCCUCGCCUGGCUAAUAGCUGCAGAGUGUUCAGCAGUCACCUAUCGGCACUUGCUCCCGGCUACAGAAGCAGUUGAGAAAAAGAGUUUGGUUCCUCCCUCCAACAGGACAGGAACACACAACAACACAGAGUGGAGACUGCAACCCAAAGGGAGACGGAAGCAGUCAGUAGUGUAUAAGGGCAAGGAUCCAAAGAUCAACUAAGAUGAGACAGAAUCCCUUAAGCCAAGGGAAGACUGCAUCCAGACUGCUUGUUUCGAAGUACAGUGGUAACUUGGUUCUCAAACUUAAUCCGUUCCGGGAGUCGGUUUGACUCCCGAAACCGCUUGGAAACCAAGGCACGGCUUCUGAUUGGCUGCAGGAGCUUCCUGCACCCAAGCGGAAGCCGCAGAAGCUGCGUCAGACGUCCGGCUUCUGAAAAACGUUCACAAACCUGAAUGCUCAUUUCUGGGUUUGUGGCGUUCAGGAGCUGAUUUGUUUGGGAGUCAAGUCGUUUGAGUACCAAGGUACCACUGUACAAGCAUGUCAAGCCAAGAGGAAAGGGCAAUGCUCUGAUUGAAUGCUCCCCCAGCGGUGAGGUUUGAGGAGGGCACAGACAAGAUCAAGUACUUCUAAAAGCUUACAUGGAAUUCUCCAGCAAUGCAGCUAGAGUGCCCCCACUCCACAACAGUCAAGCGAUCCUUAGUUUGGCAUGACCAGAUUACAUCCUUACUCAUCUCCAAAUGUACAUCCAUAUAGUAUCCUCUGUGCAAUAGCAAUGAACAAGAGAUAGGUUCUUUCCCGGUAGUUAACCGGCUCGCUUAGCUCUCAAGUUAAAAGCACCAAGCAGCUUUGGUGACUCUCAAUGCCAGUUCUGCAUUUUGGGUACUGCUGUAGCCCUCCCUCUUCCUGCGGGAUCAGAAGCCUCCCUCACCGACCGACCCCUACUUAUGUCACUGCUUUGCAUUAGGUUUUCCUUGAGAUGUUCACUCUUGCUCUGAGCACAGAUCAGAGCAGUCCCCACAAGGUCAUGUGUGCUAAGGUUGUGAUGAAAGGGGAUGAAACUGAUGCAGAAAGUGGUUCGGAUUUCUUUCAAAAGUUUCAGGUGUGUGACAAAUGGAUAAAGUAAUCUCAGUGCUUUUUUCACAAGGAGCCAAGGACCAAAAAGACCAGAGAGAUUGGACUAUUUAGAGUUUGCAGAGGCCCUAAAAGAUGGCAUCUUUAAGAAGGCAUCAGAUGUCUGGAUGUGUAACAUGGAAAGCACAGACAUGUGAGACUGAGCAUCCCUUCAGCAUGUGAGGUUUCUCCCAGAGCGUCAGCCUGUCUCCAGCAUGAAUUUUAAUGAGUUGUAUCAUAAUCUUGGUCUCCCUUGAUGUCAGACGACUUCUUAGAUCAUAAUUUGUUGCUAUGGAAACAGCUGUGUCACAGCCAAAUCGUCUAUCAUGAAGUUGAAAAACUAAGCUCCGUUUUCCCUUAAAGAUAACCGCUGGAAGAACCCUUGGGUCUCUCCUACAGGCACAAACAAGUGCGGGAUUCGGAAAAUAGCGGAAGUCUACUUGAUAUGACGGAUUAAAAGAAUUGCAGUGCUGAUGAAGAAUGCAAAGAGGAAAUUGUAAACUGCAAUUCACAGACUCUGAAGCAGCCACCGACUCAGAGAAGUGGCUUGGUGAAAAACUACAGGUCCCAGAAUGCAAGACAGGGCCACGGUUUGCUGACUUACUUGAAUCUUGAUGGAGGCAAAUCUGCAAGAAGCUGCCUGCUAUGCAGACGGAAUCCUUCUGCAUGAGACUCUAAGGUGCUGGAAUGCAGAAGAGCAAAACCUACCAAGUGGCUUCACUUUUCAGAAGCCACUUUUGACAUAUUUUGUGCAAGACAAAAACAAUUACAUGCUCCCAAAUGACGUGUGUACAUGUAACUUCAUGUACAUGAAGCAAACCCACAGGAAUCCUCAGUACAGUCGUACCUUGGAUCCCAAACAUCUUGGUACUCAGAUGUUUUGGCUCCCAAAGCUGCAAACCCGGAAUUGAGUGUUCCGGUUUGCAAAUGUUCUUUGGAACCAGAACAUCCGACGGGGCUUCCGAUUGGCUGCAGGAGCUUCCUGCAGCCAAUCAGAAGCCACGCUUUGGUUUCCGAAUGUUUUGGAAGUCGAACGGACUUCCAGAAUGGAUUCCGUUAGACUUCCAAGGUACGACUGUAUAAAAUGACUGCCAGGCCAUGCUUUGGGUGUAACGGAGCAACUCUUCCAGUCCUGUUGUAUGUAUGAAAAGAGGCUGAGAGCAAAAAGGAUCCAGGUAUUACCAAGUUCUGAGCACAAAAAUCAGAGAAAGUCACAGGCAGAUGGAAAGAAAGAAAGAAAGAAAGAAAGAAAGAAAGAAAGAAAGAAAAGGGAAGGGGGUAAGCAAAGAACAGGAGACCUGAAAGGUAUAGUGCCAUGUCCAAAAAUUAGUAACAUGCAACAAGGCAUAUUUCAUUCUCUAUUAAGAGUAGCCACAUUUCCGCAAGGUUUAGAAAAUAGUAAUAACAACAGACUCAAGGAGCUUGAAAUACAAGAGAACUGAAUAUUGCAACUUAGUUUGUUGUGCGCACAAGAAAGGAGGAAUUUUCAUGUUCCUCAUGUGCUGGCUACCCCAAGGAUCCUGCUGGUUAUUCUGUUCUCCUACUUCCUGUGCCCUGGGGGUUCACUGUCCCUCUUUGUCUUUCCCUCUAGCUGUUCAGGAGGCUGCACUGCUGGGAGGUCAAGAGCAGCAUGGGCCGCAGGAAUGCAGAGACGCCAUUCCGGCCACCCACAGAAGACAUUCUGGCCAAGCUACUUGCAGGGGCACAUACUGCCUUCUCUCUUUUGUCUCUGUGCUGCAACCUGCCAUUAUGUAUGCAAUCAACUCCAAUGUCGCUGCAGGAAGCUGGAUUGCUGGGAUUGUAUCCAAUGAAGUCACUGCAUGACUGCAAUUGCUUCUGCUCAUGUAACAGGAAUUCCACUCCCUUUCCUCCUUGCAUGCACCACUGCAAUCAUGUCCCCCCGGCCACAAAAAAUGCUCUGGAGGAUUGGGUGAACCCCCAGAGCAUAUUGGGGGGCGGCGGCAUGGGGGAGAUGAGAAGUUCCAUUGUUUGAGCUAAAGUUGUUCAAUUCUAGCAAUGCCUUUCCUGUAUACAAUUCUUGGUGUCCUGGGAUGGACUGUUUAUAUCAGAAAUUCCUGCUUCUUGUACCCACCGACUGGGAACAACUUCUGUGGUCUCCUGAUGAAAGCAGCAAACCACUCCUGCUGUUUUGAUUAGAAGACUCAUUGGUUUCCCUCCAGGUGGAGGGAAUCUGGCUGCAAGCACAGCUGAGUUUUCUACCAUAAGAAGCUUUUUGCUCCAGGAAGCACUCUGGAGCCCAAGAGGAGGAUCCACAGCUCCACUGCAGGAAAAAUAUGGCCCUUAGACGUUAUGCAGCAGGAAAAGUCAGCGCUUCCACCAGCUGUGGAGGCUGAGACUUUAUAUCGUGGGUGCGUAGGUAGAAAUACACCCUGGGAUGGAAGCCUGGUUAAAAUCAGCCACUGCUUCAAAGUCUUCAGAAUGUUUUGGGUUGGGGGGCGGGGAGGAAGGGAGAUGACUGACAGGCAGAAUAUUGCCCACAGCAACUUGUGGGAAGGGAUGCCCCAUUUCACAUAUUUUCCCCCAGCAGCACCAGAAACAAGAAGCCAAUGAUCGAAGUGCAUUCAAAAAUGAGGACAUAAGCUUACCAUUAAUUAAGACUGAAUGACUAAUGGGGGCUUGCAGGUUAAAUGUACAUUUGCAGCAUUUAAGCUAGCAGAUAUUUGCAUGGCCACAAGUGAAAACGGGCCCUUCCUUUAUGCUAUUUGAUGCUCUAAUGUAAAUCAAGGCAGUCCAGAAAGGCUUUGAGAUCAAAAUAUCUAUAGACACCAAAUCCUCUUCCUUCCAGAAUACCAUCCAGCUUAUGGGGAGUGUGAUCCAACUGGAACAAAUUCUUCCCAAACAGAACUGUCUGGGGUGGCAAGCUCUUCCUGCUUCAGGAUUUCCAAAAGGCAAUUGAAUCUUCCAGAGUAUGUUCUCUUCCUUCCACCCCCACCUGAAUUACAGAGCUAGGACGCAGUUAAGUGCACCCCCACAACCUAUGGGUGUGGCUCUUCCCUUCUUUAAAAUCUGAAGCUAAAAUGCGAAAGAUGGAAAGAUGACUGCUCAGAGCCAAGGACUGCACGUUGCAGAGACUGAGAGGCAGCCAUAAUGUAAACUCCUUAAUUUUUAUAAAGCUGCUUCAAGUUUCUUAAAAGGCCCCUUGCCACAUCCGUUUUCAAGGAUAACCCGGAGAUGAAAAGCCUGAAUGCAAAUACAGGAAGCACGUGCUGCAGAUAUUUCACCUUUCGCCAAUCAGGUGCCCUCCAGCAGUUGGGCUAUACAAAGAUGUGCUGUUUAGAACUGAUGGAGGCCUAUAGUCCUGCAACAUCUGGAUGGCACCAGCUUGGCCGAGGCUGAUAGGCCCAUUGAGGUGCUGUGGUGGGCUGAACUGAUGCCCAGCUUGGUCUCUGUGCAAUGUGGGAAAUGGCCCGAAGAAACUGCAAUAUAGCAGGAUUGUUGGCAAGCUUUCUGUGGCAGCCGCAUGGGCUUCAGUCAAUACAUUCAGCUUUCCUGAUGGCAACACCGCAUCACUUAUUCUCCCCCACUCUUAUAUCCACCCCCUCCUCAGAAAACAUACAGACACAAAGCCUAGGAGCCAGGAGAAGCCAAAAGGUUUUUUUUUGUUUUGUUUUCCGUUUUAUGUCUCUGCACUGACCUCACUAAAACUGUGCCACUACUGAGGAUUUUGGUGAAGAAGGAAAAGAGAACUGCCGUGGAAAUGCACACACCGGGGGAACAGCUCACAGGUAAGUAAAAUAACGUGUAGGACAAAUAUUUUCAAACCUCAUCUCUUCUAUGCACGCAUGAAAAAGGUUAAAUUCAAAGCGCAGCCCUUCUUGUCACAAUCCAAAAGGCUGGUGGAAAAUAGAAAAAAAGUAGUAAGAAAAUAAAAACUAGGGAUUGCGCACUAACGACUUAAAAUAACUGUGUGCAAAUUAAAUAUGGAUUAGUUAAUCUCUGGGGAGAAGUUCUUAAAAGGAAUUAAAAUGUGUUUUCCAAAUCAAUCAUCCUAGGCCUAGGUAUUAUUUCUGAUAAGGUAGUUUCACUCCAAGUUCAGAGUUUUCAGUCUCUGCUGGGCUGCUAUUCACCACUUGAAGCUCAUUUGUUGCUGCGUUUAGGUCUUCGCAAUCUCCCUUAAUUUCAAACACCUAGCUCAGUACCCGAACUCCUGAUGGCAUUUCCCUACCCCCAAAUCUCAAUGAGGCAAUCUUUGUUUUCAUUUGCAACCCUUCCGGCUCCUUAUUUCUCCUAUUCUGGAACAACAAAUGGGAGUGACAGUGGCCUUUCAACCAAUACUCUUCUGGAAAGAGCAGAGAUCACUCUGCAUAUUGACACAAGGACGACCUGCAUGGAAUACUGGGAUAUGUAGUCUCCCCAGGUAACAAUACUGCAUUGGAUGGGAGGAGACUGCAAUCCACUUCUUUGUUCUCUAACAGAUUUGUGGCAAUUCACAAGCACAGCUCCAGUGGAAAGUCUACAUGGGGCAAAGAACUUGGCAUUCCGAGGAACGGGGCAAACCAAUCUGUCGUGUGCUUAUGGCGUUCGAAGCUUGGCCAAUAGAGCCCUCUAAAGAGGUAGAGUAUCAAAUCAUUUUUUUUUAAAAAAAAGGCAAAGAGCUCACCUGUUUUGUUACAAAGCUUGACACAACCUGAGUUAGCAAGCAGAGUAAUACGGGAGUUAAUCAAAUCUGCCAAUUUGCUUCUGCAUGCCUCCAUCACCACUGAUGGUCUGUGGCCAUACAAAUGCGGGAGAAGUUUCCCAAGCACCAAACUGGCUAGCCAUGCUGAUAACUGAUGGGACACAUCUCCGGGCACCAGUCUGUUAAUGAUGGCAAUGUGAUGCUGGUGUCAAGACAGCAACACAGGCACUGUAUGAUGAGCAGCAGAAGCAAGGAUGGUCCCUUUCCCUCCCUGGCUUAGAAGUUUCACUUUGUGGCAAUCGAAACACCUGGCUCUUGGGAGCUGAAGAGCCACUCACGAGUUUGGGUGUGUGUUUGGGUGAGCCAACACCUUAAGAUCAAUCUCUUGCAUGCGCAGAGCGCACACAGCCUUUGGGAUUAGCUCUACACAACGCCAGGCCGCGAUAGAAGCUUGACCAACACAGCCUGUGUGGUCCCUGGAGCCAGAAAAAUCUCAUUCCACUAAUGCAGGCAGGGGCACACAGCCAACACCAAAGCAUCUCUUUCGUUGCCAUUAAAAGGGUAUGGGUACACGGACUUUGUCUCAAAAGUCAUACAAAUGCUUCUCAACUCCCAUUCAUGGGAACUUCAGGCAACACUUUAAACCUGAUAAACUACAUGGUGUUUUGCUUUGCUUUUUUACAAUGACAGGCUGGUAUUCAGGACUGCAAACACAAGCAAAGGACAAAUAAGCGUAGACUUAAUUUUUCAGUAAAUGUUGUCUUAUUAGGCUGUGCAAUGCAUUAUUCUUUGCUUAAUGCUUCUUAUUUGGAAGCACGUUGCAAAUGCAACUUUUCUUGCCAUUUGCAUCUUGUCUAUAAUCAGGUUUUUUUUAUGUUGGUUCUUCCUAGCUGACUAGAUCUUCCCUUCCUGUACUUCACUCCUGA